AUGUACAUAACCACCGCGACGAUGCAUCACCUACCACUCCUCCUAUCAACAAUCAUCGCGAUCGCAGCCCCACUGGCGGGGGCCGUCCCCGCCCAAGCCGCGGGACACAACGCGAAACAAGUAUACCAAACAACAGACAAGUUCCCACUCGCAAACUUGGGAAACAUCGCAGCGCACGACCCAAAUAUCAUCCUCCACGACGAGCACUACUACCUCUUCAAAGGCGGCAUCAACAUCCCAAUCUUCAAAUCAGCCAACAUAUCCGGGCCCUGGGAAAAUCUGGGCACAGUUCUAGCCGGCGACAGCAUAAUCCAGAAAGGCAACCGGUCGCGGCCCUGGGCGCCAACAACAAUCGAAAAAGACGGCACGUUCUACUGCUACUACACACUGAGCGCAAAAGGGUCCCGAAACAGCGCGAUUGGCGUCGCGACGACAACAUCCCUCGACCGCGGUCCCUGGACCGACCAUGGUGUCGUCAUUAACACGCACACGGGUGCUGGGUCCGAGGUGUGGCCGUACACGAUCACGAAUGCCAUCGAUGCAUCUGUGAUCGUCGACCAGAACUCCGGUCAGGCGUAUCUCAAUUACGGAAGCUACUGGCAUGAUAUAUGGCAGGUGCCGCUGGCGGAUGAUUUGCUUUCUGUUAAAAAUGCCAACGGGCCGGAUGCGGUGCAGUUGACGUUUAUGCCGAGUGCGAAGUCUAAGCCUGAGGAGGGCUCGUGGAUGAGUUUUAGGAAGGGGUUCUAUUAUGUUUGGUUUAGUCAUGGGAACUGUUGUGACUUCCAGAGUGGAUUCCCUGCGAGUGGGAAGGAGUAUAGUAUUCGUGUUGGGAGGUCGAAGAGUGUCCGUGGGCCUUUUGAGGACAAGAAGGGGACAUCGUUGGUUGAUGGUGGUGGUACGGUGGUUUAUGGCUCUAAUCAUGGGGUUGUGUAUGCACCUGGUGGCCUGGGUGUCUUGGCUGGGAAUAAUGAUUCCGUGCCGGAUAUUCUUUACUAUCAUUACUUGAAUACGUCAAUUGGGUUUACACAUGGGGAAGCCCAGCUCGGCUGGAACCAUCUGGACUAUGAGGACGGGUGGCCGGUGCCUGUUGGAGGCCAAAAUAGCACAACCAAUGCCGCCUUCGUUCAUGGACCUCCUGGCUGGGGUUAUCUAGGAAUUGUUUUCGUUUUACUGCUGUGCAUAUGGCUAUAG